AAGCUCGUCUGGAAGGCGCACCGCCGUGUCUGCGGACCGGACAAGGCCAAGCUGUUCAUGUGGCCGCUCCUGUCGCAGCUCGAGGCCGACGAGAUCAUGGCCCACAUGAGCGACCCGAGCGCGUGGAUCACGGUACUCGCACCUCCCUGUACAUCGGUGGAAGACGGGCUCAAGUACGGUCUCGAGGUCAACGUGUCGGAGCUUCCUGCCAUCAUCCGCGAGUGCACUGUGGGCACGGCAGAGCCCGUCCUCGUGACUCGCACGACCCGCUCGGCGGUCCUCGAGGUCCUGCGGGCGCUCGAAGCCCUUCGUCUCGGCAUCGGUCCGAGCACUAUCGUGCCCGUCACGUCGGGCAUCGAUCCCGUCAUGGUCACCGCCUUUCACGACCUGUUCAUCGCGAACGACGUUGGGACUUUGGCCGAGCCGUGGCGCCCCCUGCAUCGCCACCUAACGCUCAUCAUCUUCUUCCUCCUUGACCUGUGGGACCGCUCGGCGGGCAAAGAGCCGCCGUCCGAGUGGUUCGACCGCCUGUUCGCCCGCUACAACGACUUUGUGCGCGUCAAGAUCGCCCCGACUCAGCCUCAACUCGCGUCGACCCUGAACGUCGGCACGUCGGCGAGCGAGAUCCUGUCGGCCCGGCUGCAGGUGGCGUCGAAGCGUGCGGCGUAG